CUUCUGUCUGCGCCAUUCCGUGCGGAUGACCGAAUAAAAAGAGAAAAAGUUCGCCCUUUCAUUACAGUUUCAGUGAACAAAGUUUACCACUAUGGCUACGUCGUCAGGCAAAAAGGGGAAGAAAGCUUCCAAGAAGAACAAGGUCUCCCUCGGAGAGUUCUUGACCGAUGGCAAUGCGACUCCUGUCUCGCAGGUGCAGGUGGCCGUGCCGCUCAAGCUGCGCGACUGGGCUGACGAGUGCGAUGACGAUGAGGACGAUCGUCCGACUCGUACCCAGAUGAUCGCACUGCCGACGGCACCGCGCGCUACGCGGCUUCUCAACGACGAUACGAUUCCCCAUAAUCCGCCGUAUCUGGCGUACAUCUCCAACCUGCCGUAUGACUUGAAUGAUGACGAUCUGUACAACUUCUUCGAUGGGAUGGAGAUUACGUCGCUUCGGUUACCCCGCGACGAUAACGAUUCCGGUCGUUUGAGAGGAUUCGGGUACAUCGAAUUCGGCCGACGUCAAGAUCUGAUAGAUGCUCUGUCGAUCCCGGAGCCGGUGAUCCACAGCCGACGGAUUCGAAUCGAUCUAUCGAGUGAAAACGAUCAGAAACGAUCGCAGCGUAACAAUCGCAACUAUGACAAUUACGGUGGAGAUUCCGAUAGGCCUAUGGGUAACUGGCGUGAUGGGCCCAGGACGAAUGUGGAUCGGGAUCAGGGUCAGCGGAGACCGUAUAAUAAUUACAACAGAGAUCGCGGUGACCGAGAUAAUGAACGUUACCCGGAUAGCGGAUCUGGCGGUAAUUGGAGAUCCGGAGACCGUCCCGUACAACCGCCACCAGACUCGCCGACCUCGAACCGACGGAAUUAUGAUCGAGGUGAUCGUGGCGAUCGUGGAUUCCGUCGUGGAGGGGACCGAUCGGGUGAUCGCGGAGGACGACGUGAAAUGGAACCUCCCAUGGAGCGACCCAAGCUGAUAAUGAAGCCACGAACUUUACCACUACCGGAGAAACCAAAACCAGAACCUGAGGAUUCUGAGAGAGAUGCCAGUCGGGAGAGGCAGUCGAAUUCCGGUAACGAAGCUUCUGAAGACAAAGAGAAUCAAAAGAUUGAGCCUCGUCCGAAACCAACGCCGGUACCAGCGGCCAAGGUUUUCGGCGAUGCCAAACCCGUUGACACUGCCGCUCGACUGAAAGAAAUUGAGGAACGCAUGCUUGAGAAACAACGACUAGAGAAGGAAGAGCGGCAACAAAAAGCAGCGGCAGCAGCUGCUGCUGCUGCUGCUUCUUCUGCUGCCGUAACCUCCUCCGGGGAUGAAGACGGAAAGGAGAAAACUGAUCCUAGCAAAGAUGAAACUGAUGUACAUUCCGAAGGAAAGACGGAAAAGAAACCAGAGGAAGUAACCAACUGGAGAGUGCGGACUGAUGACAAAGAUCUUGACCGCCGUGGGCAGUCGCCUCCGCGGAGGUACAGUCCGACUAGAAAAUACAACAGAAGACCUGAUAACUACAAUUUCUCAGACAACCGAGACAACCGCGAUGAUCGUCGACCCAUGAACCGGGACAAUCGGAACCGACGCGAUUACAAUCGACCGAAUGACCGCGGUUACCGGCUAAACGAUCGAGAUCACGACAUGAAUCGCGGGGGAGGUCGGGACAACCGGGACGACCGUGACAGGCGGGAAAACGUGCGUCCGGUUGAGCGAGAGAAGGAGAAUGAUCCAAAACCUAUCGAGGAACGAAUGCCGAAAUUCCAUGAACCGGAGGGACCGAACUUAUCCGUUAAAAAUACGUUCGAAGGACUAUCUGCGGAUGAAAUUGACGAUUAAAGUAGAGAAGAGCUUCUAGACACCCACACACACGCGCGCGCGCCCGCGGAUAUUGAAAGUGACAGUUAAAAAGCGUAUACAGUUCUUUGUUUUGUUUUGAGAAAGAGCCGAACCAGGCGAGCAAAUUGAGCUCUGCGACGACAGCAAGUUAGAAAGUAAUAAUAUAUAAUAUAUCACAAGAAAGCUAAAGAAUAAGAAGAGACACACAUUGAAUGCAGAUCGACACCGACUUGUAAGAAUUUUGAGGACGCGAUUAUUCCUAGGAGUAUCAAAUUAUUAUCAAAUGCCGCUCGGUAGAUGCCCGACUGGGCGAUGGAAGUGUGCGGUAUGUUGUUAAAUGGGCGUGGCAUGCAUUUCCAUCGCCUGGAAGCAGAGUAAAAACAAAAAAAAACUGAAAAACCAAAAUCUCAGGGCCCAGUCAGUGAACCCGAGCGAUGUGCAUGAUGGCGAUUUUGACGGGGGCGAACAAUUUGACCCCAUCAACCGGAAAAGAGAAAGAGAGAGAGAGCAAGGAGAAGACGGAAGGUAUCUUUCCCGGGAGUAUGCAGUCUGUUUACUAUUCUAAUCAAUGUAAUUUGUACUAAACGAACACCUUCAGGUGCGAAGGGAUGAUGUGUAUUUGCCGAAAUGUGUAUGUGGUGAAUGUAAACAAUCUUUUUUUUUUUAUUUAAUAGAAAAUCACAAUCAGAGUUUGAUUCUUAACGCGUUAUCUGUGUGGGUGUGUGUGUGUAGUCAGAAGUCGUGGCGAAAGGUGAGAACGAUGUUUCGAUGGCAUUCAAGUUUUGAUAAGACAUUUUACAUACCGCUGCUGCUGAGUGGAAGCAAAAAUACUCGUUGAAUGCGAAGUUAAAAUAAUGAUAGUAAUCCUUACCGAGAGGUGUCUUCGCGUUCGCACCUUUUUACCGUCUGUUUGGUUUUCGACGUUCAUUGAUUUCUUUCAAUGUGUGAUUUACGGUUUAUGAGCUACAUUACCUAGGAGAGUAUGACAAAACUAUUGCGUGUGAAUAAUUGUGAAAUCCAAAUGAUUCCAAAAUGUGCUGAUUAUGUUUUUCUUCGGUAUAGUUUCUCACUUGUUUGUUUAUUUGAAAAAAAAAACUUUGUUUUGUUUCUAAAAAGGAUGUAUCAUUAUUUGUUUAUUUUUCCGCUGGGUUACACGGUAUACUGUUUGCAAACCAUCAAUUAGAGGGGACUGCGAAGAGAAAGAAAUAAGCUUAGUUAUUAACGAUAAUGGAAACGCUAUUAGGUAGUUUGAUUCGUCUACCAGAUCUUGCAAAUAUACAUCAGAACCACGUUUCUUUAUAUAUACUUUUUUCAUAGAUAAUCAAGAAGCAAAUAGUUAAUUUACUGUUUAAGAAUGAAAAUAUGGGACAGAUAGACAAAACUGUUGUAAUAUCUCCUACGAUGCUAAUCUUCAUUUAUAUAGGAAAAUCCAGGAAGGCGCAGAGUGGAAUUAUUUAACUACUACACACGUAUAUAGGAUUUAAAUAAUGAAACAAGCAAGAUAAAAUACAACUGAAAAGCUUACAUAAAGCGUU